GACGUCCUUCCACAAGAUAGCGAGUUGCAGAUGCUUUUAGAGAACAAGCAAAUAAGUCUAUCAAUAGAAAAACAAAAGGCUGCAGUGGAUCAUAUACUUAAGCAGCUUCAAAAUGAUGAACCAGUUGAUAGCGGCCAGUUAUUAAGAAUUGCAGACAACGAGACUUCCGAGUUAGCAGCGCUAGCCAACAUUAUCAUCCGAACAUCAACUUAUGGCGCACCGAUUGCACUGGAACUUUACCGAGCUGCAAAGGAUAAUGGUGAUGAUCGGGGAGCAUUCAGUUUUGCGAGCAUGGUUUAUCGAGGCUACCGUGGUGUACCGAAAGAUGAAGAUACUGGUAUCAAAUUGUUUUCCGAACUGGCACGGAAGGGGCAUCCACACGCACAAAUGAAUCUAGCAUCCAUUUUGAUGCGUACACAGCCAGAUCAAAUCCCGGCCGCUAUAAAGCUAUAUGAACUAGCUGCUAAAGGAGGUAUUGACAAUGCCCUAGUCGAACUUGGUAGAAUGUAUCGAAUCGGUUAUGGUGUGAAUCAGGAUCACAAGAAGGCCAUGGAUUAUUUCCAACGGGGCGCACAGCAAGGUAAUGCUCGAUGUAUGUUCAUGCUUGGCGUAUAUUAUUCAUCGAGUCAAGUCAUCAAGGAGGAUCAGAUAAAGGCAUUUAAGCAUUUUCAAAAAGCAGCCAUGCGAGGUAUGCCGGAAGCACAGUAUAAUGUUGGGCUUCGCUUUUUAAAAGGACAUGGUGUUGAAACAAACCUUUUCAAUGCUGCUGAAUUCUUUAAAAUGGCAGCCUUACAAGGAUUUCAGCUGGCUCAAGCAAAUUUGGCAGCAAUGUAUAUGGAGGGCCAUGGUGUAAAGAGGGACUUGACACAAGCACAGCAUUGGUUUCAAGAAGCUGCGAAUAAAGGAGGGAGCAUCGGUAAAGAAGCACAAAAAGCACUAGAGGGAUUAGAAGGUAAACAAGCCGAUGGUUCACGCUGUAGUAUAAUGUAAUUGUAUUUAUUCCUUUGAUUCAAUAUCGCUAUCACAAAACGCAAUCACAGAGUAGUUACUUGUCUGUAAUUAUCCUUUUAUUAUCAACUUCUGUUGCUGGUGUGUAAAUGUGAUUACAUAUAGAAUUUUAUAACUUCCUAUUGCACAUCGUCCCUGUCAGCGAUACUGAAGGAGCAGCGUGACAAUUUAUUUAUUUUUUUGGCACUCAAAAAUAGCCCCAAUAUUUAUACCUAACAAACCUUUUAAGAUCCCCUUUGGAGGUGCUUUUAUUACAUGACUUAAGUGUUGAUGAUGGGAUCUGCGAGAUCCAGCUUUUACCUCUCUAGCACGCAUCUUAAU